CCUUCGCUCUUCGCCUCUCACUUCUCUUCCCCUUACUCUGUUCCCACACAGGGAAAUUCUUAUUCUCCUCUAGCCGCCGUUGCAGCCGCCAUGGCCUUGGUCGUCGAGAAAACCACCGGUGGCCGUGAGUACAAGGUCAAGGACCUUUCUCAGGCUGACUUUGGUCGCCUCGAGAUCGAGCUCGCUGAGGUCGAAAUGCCCGGUCUCAUGGCUUGCCGUGCUGAGUUCGGCCCUUCCCAGCCAUUCAAGGGCGCCAGAAUCACCGGUUCCCUCCACAUGACCAUUCAAACCGCCGUCCUCAUCGAAACCCUAACUGCUCUCGGAGCCGAAGUUCGCUGGUGCUCCUGCAACAUCUUCUCCACUCAGGAUCACGCAGCCGCCGCCAUCGCUCGUGACAGCGCCUCCGUCUUCGCUUGGAAGGGGGAGACUCUUCAGGAGUACUGGUGGUGUACCGAACGUGCCCUUGACUGGGGUCCAGGCGGUGGUCCCGAUCUGAUUGUUGACGACGGUGGUGACGCUACCCUCUUGAUCCAUGAGGGUGUUAAAGCUGAAGAGGUUUAUGCUAAGACUGGUCAGUUGCCAGACCCCUCUUCUACUGACAAUGCUGAGUUCCAGAUUGUUCUCACUAUUAUCAGGGAUGGGUUGAAGACUGAUCCCAUGAGGUACCACAAGAUGAAGGGCAGACUCGUUGGUGUCUCUGAAGAGACCACCACUGGUGUUAAGAGGCUCUAUCAGAUGCAGGCUAAUGGAACUCUGUUGUUCCCUGCCAUCAAUGUCAACGACUCUGUCACCAAGAGCAAGUUUGAUAACUUGUACGGCUGCCGCCACUCUCUCCCUGAUGGACUGAUGAGAGCCACAGAUGUUAUGAUUGCCGGGAAGGUGGCCGUCGUGUGUGGUUAUGGUGAUGUCGGCAAGGGCUGUGCUGCUGCCUUGAAGCAGGCUGGUGCUCGUGUGAUUGUGACUGAGAUUGACCCCAUUUGUGCCCUUCAAGCUCUCAUGGAAGGUCUCCAAGUUCUGACCCUUGAGGAUGUUGUUUCUGUUGCUGACAUUUUUGUCACCACCACCGGCAACAAGGAUAUCAUCAUGGUUGAUCACAUGAGGAAGAUGAAGAACAAUGCCAUUGUUUGCAACAUUGGUCACUUUGACAAUGAAAUUGACAUGCUUGGACUUGAGACAUACCCUGGCGUGAAGCGCGUUACCAUCAAGCCCCAGACAGACAGAUGGGUCUUCCCUGAGACUAACACCGGCAUCAUUGUGUUGGCCGAAGGACGUUUGAUGAACUUGGGUUGUGCCACGGGACACCCCAGUUUUGUGAUGUCUUGCUCCUUCACAAACCAGGUGAUUGCCCAGCUUGAGCUGUGGAAGGAAAAGGCAACCGGUAAGUAUGAGAAGAAGGUCUAUGUUUUGCCAAAGCAUCUUGAUGAGAAGGUGGCUGCUCUUCACCUUGGCAAGCUUGGAGCCAAACUGACCAAAUUGUCCAAAGAACAAGCUGACUACAUUAAUGUGCCGGUUGAAGGACCAUACAAGCCUCCUCACUACAGGUAUUAAGUUGAUGAAGAAGGAUCAGAUGAGAAAUUUCUGUAUGGAUCGGCAUGAUUUUCAUUUUUUUUUCCCUCUUCCUUUUUUUUGGGUCGAUUCUCAAAUUGACGUAGAGCUUCUUGCAUCUGAUCUUUUGCCGAAUUUCUGUUUCUGGUGAGAGGUUGAAAAAGAAAGGAAAUGUAUGGACCUCUCUCAACUGAGAUCAAAUAAGUCCUUUUUAUUAGGUGUGUGUGUGAGGCAGAAUAUGUAGUCUGUUUAAUGUGUUGUGUUCUUUUGUAUCUCAAUUUUUAAAGUGAAAAUUGCAAAAAAAAUAAAAUAAAAUGGUACUAUU